AUGAGAGAAAGCUUCCGGCGUCACGUCAUGAAACCCUGCAAGUCUUUUGAUCUCAUAGUAUUAAAACACCUCAAUUCGACCACCAGUUUCGGCACUACUCAAGGUCAGUACGCCUUCCCCUUCUCUACACUUUCUAUCUGUCAAACCAAAUCUCCGAUCGCUAAAACAACACACAUCCCACCUGUAACCCCGCAGUCUCUUCAGAAAUCUAUCUCUUCUUCUCAGUGGCAUUUCAUCGAACAGAUAUCAGGCACCCUUACACCCACCACAAUCUCCACCGCCCUCUACAGCCUCCGCACAUCUCCCACCCUCGUCCUUCAAUUCACCGAGUAUCUUAACCCAAAUAAUACAGAUAUCGAAUGCUAUUGUCUAUCAAUCGCCAUUAUCUGUCAGCUCCCCUCACCUAAAUCAUCUUUACAAUUUAUCAAAACUUUAAUCAGUUCUCGUAGGUUUAGCUAUAACGAUGUCUUUAACGGGUUAGUUGCCGCCCGUGAAAGGCUAGGCAUAUCGAGUACGAUAGUCUUUGAUUUGUGGAUCAAGGGCUUCUGUGAAUUGAAGAGAGCUGAUGAGGCGUUCAAGUGCUUUUACUUGAUGAAACAUAAAGGGAUAUUGCCAAAGAUUGAAACUUGUAACAACAUGCUAAGCUUGUUUAUUAGAUCAAACCAUACACAUUCUACAUGGGUUUUGUUUGCUGAGAUGUUCAGAUUGAAGAUUAAUCCGACUGUGUACACUUAUAACAUAAUGGUUAACCUGUUGUGUAAAGAAGGGAAGACAAAGAAGGCAAAGGAGUUCAUUGCAAACAUGGAAACCUUAGGGUUGAAACCAAAUGUGGUUACUUAUAACACAAUAAUCAACGGGUAUUGUGCAAAAAAGGAUCUUGAUGGUGCUAAGAGGGUAUUCAACAGGAUGAAAGCUAAAGGCAUUCAGCCAGACACAUAUAGUUAUGGAGCACUUGUAAGCUGUAUGUGUAAAGAAGAAAGAUUCAAUGAUGCAUCUAAACUUAUGAGUAAAAUGGAGGAAAUCGGUUUAGUGCCAACUGCAAUAACGUACAACACAUUGAUAGAUGCAUAUUGCAAUAAAGAGAAUCUUGAAAUGGCAUUUCAUUAUAAAGAUGAAAUGGUGAAAAAGGGCAUACAACCAUCUGUAUCUACAUACAAUUCAUUGAUUCUUGCAUUGGUGUUUGAAGGUAAAGAGUCAGAAGCCGAAGAUAUAAUGGAAGAAAUGAGAAUUGAAAAAUUAAUCCCAGAUGUGAUCACUUACAACAUAUUGAUCAAUGGAUAUUGUAGAUCUGGGAAUGCACAAAAGGCUUUUGCUCUCCAUGAUGAGAUGAUAACAAAAGGUAUAAACCCAACACAUGUGACCUACACUUCUCUUAUAAAAGUAUUAAACAAACGAAACAGAAUGACAGAAGCAGAUAAUUUAUUUUCCAAGAUUAUCGAGAGAGGCGUUUUACCAGAUGUUAUGAUGUUUAAUUCAUUGAUUGAUGGACAUUGUGCUAAUAAAAACAUGGAAAGAGCUGUUUUUUAUUUAAAGGAAAUGGAUAGGGUGAAAGUUUGUCCUGAUGAAGUGACCUACAAUACUUUAAUGCAAGGGCAUUGUAGGGAGGGAAGAGUUGAAGAAGCUAUUAGGGUUUUUGAGGAAAUGAAGAAAAGAGGGAUUGAGGGAGAUUAUAUUAGUUUUAAUACUCUUAUUAGUGGGUAUAGUAGGAGAGGUGAUAUGAAGGAGGCAUUAAAGAUUAGGGAUGAUAUGGUAAGUAAAGGUUUUAAUCCCACAUUGUUAACCUACACUUCUCUUAUUCAAGGAUUAUGUAAAAAUAAUGAGGGACAUCAUGCAGAAAAGCUUUAUAAAGAAAUGGUUAGUAAAGGUAUUACCCCUGAUGAUAAUACCAUUGUUUCUUUGAUUGAAGGGAUGGAAAGUGUUGAUAAGUUUCUUGAAAAUGAUCUUUGA